AUGGGAACCAAAUCCAAAAAGAUACAGAACACAGAGACAGUCGUAGAGCAGCGUGGUAGUACACAGCAGAAAAAGACGGAGGCUAACCUUAUUGGUGGCCCGUCAACCUCCAAGCAAGAGCCACACAAUAAACCAAAGAGGAUGCAGGAGAUACCUGUCCAACAGUUUCGCGGCCUGGACCCUCUCUAUGACUCUUAUGUGCGCAACCCAUCUGGGGAACAAGUUGUUGAGCCCGAGGACUCAUCCGAUUUAGAAAUGUCCACAGAGGGAUACCUCGUGCAGAUUCCCUUUGCGCCAGGAUCUGAGCCCUGUACUGGUCCCAAUGACCCAAAUUAUCGGAAGCUGAAGCAGAAGGAUGUAACUCUAGGGGACCUACAGACCCCGAGAAGGCACCCUAUAAUUAUAUUUGACUCUCCAAACGAUUUACUGGACUUUCUACAUCGAUUUAAUCGCUUCCACAUCCCCGAAGACAAUCUCAAUCUUCUGCUAAAGGAGAUUGAAUUUGUCGUAGAAAGAGGCGGCGAUUGCAGGUUGAUGCCCGAUGGCAGGUUUGUGAUGUACACCCGUGAGAUAGAGGAGAUGAUUUCUAAGCGGAGAGAUAUGGCGGGUAAAAUUUCUACAGAGCAUAUACAGCUGAGAAAGCUCUGCUUCUACUUUUUUGCUCUACUCCUAUUGUCAGCGAUUGUCAUAGGCGGCCUUGCCUUCAUCAUGAACUUCCUGUUUCCGUCGCUCUUUAAAUUCGGGUCAUCUAGCUCCGAAUCGCUCUCCCCAGAGGAAAAGAUGCGCGAGAGCUACAAAGCUCUGGACCUAGCCCCUGAUUCCUCUGUAGAGGAGAUUAAGAAACAGUACAAGAAGCUUGCCGUUAAGUGGCAUCCAGAUAGGAAUCCCAAUUGUGUGGAUUGUGAAGCCAAGUUUAUGGUCAUUGCCGAUGCAUACAAAGCAUUACUCGAUAUUCUAGCUGGUGGAGAUGGAGAGCCAACCCAGCAGCGCGAGGGAUCCGACCCUGAUAGAGAAUUUGUUGUUCGGCCGAUGCGCUAUAGGUGA